AUGGGGUGCUUGUAUAUCGUCAUUAUUAUAUUUUACUUAUGCUGUCGUCAAGACACUGAUAAAGUUUCUUCAGUUGCAAAUGUGCACGUCUGUUGUAACAAACAAUUACUGUUCGUUUCUCCAGGUGGUUUGUUGAUUCUUGAUCCGCGCUCAGUAAAAGAAAUGGAUGAUAUCGAACAAGCAAUUGACGAGGAGCUGAUGAAAUUAAACCUAAACCCCUCUGAAAACGAUAUAGAGUCUGACGACGACAGCUUUACUGGUUUAAAUAGUAAUCUGCCUGUUGAAGGUGAGCUGCCUGACUCAGUGCUCAUGUAUAUUGAAGCUUCAAGAAAUCAGAUCAAUGCUUUUGAACAUUUAAUCCUUGAAGAUGUUGAAGAAAAGGACUUUUCAAGCCAGGAACUGUGUCAUCUUAAUCACAGUAAUAAUACUGCAACUAAACCAGCUUCAGAUUUCAUAGACGACCCCAUCAAUUGGAAAGAGAGAGUAAUCUCCGAAUUACAAUUUGGACUUCUAAGGGAUGUCGAGCCACAGAAAUCCCAGCAGGAGAUUACAAAUACGUCAUGCAUGGAAGAUAUAACUGCAUGUGAUAUUACCACUGAGAGUGAAUUGCAACUUAGUCUUGAGUGGAGAGAAUUAGAGAAAAGACUAAAUGAGGAAGAGGAGCAGAAACUAGCAGCACAGGUGGUAGAAAGAGAGCUACAUUUGAACUCAGAAAGAGAAGAAGAAGAACGGAGGAGGAAAAGACUAAUGAAGUUUGAGGAGGAGCUGAAGAAGAUAGGGAAGUUUCAAAAUGAUGGAGGAAAGGUUUAUCACGCAGAAGAUCUUCAAGCGGAGCUGGAUAAGCAGCAGACUUUAAUACAGAAACUGGAGGAGCAGAUGAAGGAGGAGAGACAGGCUUUUGAGGAGGCUCAGGAAGAGGAGAGAAGGAGAACACAGAAGCUUUAUUGCAGAGCAGCCACAAAACUCCAAGCGGCUCUCAGAGGAACGUUAGUUCGUCGCUGGAGCAAAAUAGAGCUGAGCAGAAAGAGAGAGGAGGAGAAAAAACGUGAGCAGGAGAAGAGAGAAUUGGAGAAGCUGAAGAAGGAGAGACAGGAAGAAAAAAAGAGGAUUGAGGAGGAAGAGCGCAUUCAGAGAGAGGAGUCAGAGAGGCGGAGAGCAGAUUAUGAAAGAGCAAAAGAACAAGAGCGCCAUCGUCUGGAGAAAGAACAAAAUGUUGAACAGCUGAAAAAGGAAGAUGAGAUGAGGAGGGAGAGAAUUAAGAAGGAGGAGAAGAAUAACAUUACAACUGUUAAUGAUGAUUGCAGAAGACAGGACAUGGAUGUAGACAAAACCAAUAAAGAAAAGGAGAGAACAGAAGCUAAACAGGACCUUCAGGUGGAGGAUCAAUGUAAAAUAGAGAAGGAAAGAGACGGAACGAACAAAAUCAAUGUGCUUAUUGUGCAAACAGAAAACAAAGACAAUGUGCUCAAUGCAAAAGGAACAGGAGAAAAUUAUGAAAGAGUUAAAAUACUGGAUAAGACAUCAGAGGAUGACAUAAGCACAAUAGACAAACAGGAUAUAUCCCAAAGCAUAAACGCAUUAGAUUACACAAAGGCUCAGAUAAACAGUUAUAAAGAGAGAAUAAAGAGCUGUGGAGAAGAAACUGAAGUUGAAAGCAAUGAAAAGCCUGAACAAUCAAGAAAAAUGACCAAAACCUCUACACACUCCGACAUAAAUGCACAUCAAGGUCUUUCCAAUAACCUUUCCAUUAGUCCAGUUGGUUUUCCAAGUGUUUCAGAUCAUGCUAAGAGCAUAAACACAGACUUGAUAAUGCCUGCUUCUGAUUUGAAUGCAAAAUCAACUGAAAUGGAAAGUAGCUUAUAUCGAAAUACUACAGAAAGGGAGAUUAAGAAAUUUAAAGUAGAAAGCCAAGAAUCGGUUUCAGUAUGUCUUCCUGACAGCACAGAGCAGAAGCGGCUGGCCUGGAUGAUGAGCUGCACUCCAUGGCCCAAACUGUCAAUGCAGAAUAAAAGGAAGGAUCAAUCCAAAAAGAGAAAAGCAAGAAAAAGGGGACCCAGUUUACCUCCUCUGUCUGAGGAUGCUAUACUUAAAACAGGGGCUUGGAACUCUCUCAAACAGGUUACAACAGUGAUGCUGGAAGACCUGCCGGGCUGCAGCUUGUCCACACUGUCUCAGUGUCAAAAACUGCAGACUUUGUCUCUUAGGCGUUGCGGACUUACAUCUUUGGAUGGAUUAAACCAUUGCACUCAAAUCAGAUACAUUGAUGUUCAAGAGAACUCAAUUACCCAUGUGGACUGUGGAGGUCUGGCCAACCUUCAGAUCCUCCUCCUGGGCAGGAACCAGCUGAUGAACAUCCACGGUCUUGAUGAAGCUGAAAAUCUGCAAACUCUUCAGCUCUCACACAACAACAUCUCUCUCAUCAGUGGUUUAGGAGCCCUGAAAAUGCUUCUGCAAUUGUCAGUGGACCAUAACCAGCUGCUCAGCACCAGAGGUUUGAAGGAAAUUUACACCCUUCUGCAUCUGGACUGUUCGUACAAUUACCUAAGCCACGUUGAGGGUUUAGAGAAUUGCGCUCUUCUUAACACACUGGACCUCAGAGGAAACAGUCUGACUGAGCUGCCUGCCCUGCAGAACCACGUCCUUUUGAGGGACCUCUACCUGGAUGACAAUCUCAUACCUACUCUUGAUUAUCUGGAAUCAUAUUGGCUGCCUUUGCUCCAAAACCUCUCUGUGGUCCAAAACAGCAUAACUCAUUUAAGUCCACUCUUGAACCUUGUGUCUCUGAGAACACUGGAUGUCAGUCAUAACUGUCUGUCAGACUUGCGGGACCUUUGUUUGAAUCUUCAGGAGUGCAUCAGUCUCCAAGAACUUAACCUGACUGGUAACCCAUUACAGCAGGAAAACAACUGGAGGUCCUUGAUUCUGGAGACAGUGCCUGGUUUGAUUAAGUUGAAUAAUGAGCAGAUUGCGGCAGCAGCAGUGGCAGCGGGGCUCUGGAAAUGUCCAGAACAGAAGUGGAGUUUCCAGGCUCUCUGUCAAGCACAGCAAAAGCAGCGUCAUUCACUCCUUCAGCAGCAGAAGAUGGAGAUCAGUUCUGCAGCCACUCAACAUGACGCCCAGCUUCUUGCCAUCGGCCAUCAAACAGACCUGUUCAGACUGGCAGUGGAGCAACGUUAUGCCCAUGAAUACGGUGACAGCUGUGUCACAGAGAAUCCUGCACUGACAACAGCUUUCAGUGGUCCAUGUGCUUUUCCUAAAGCAUCUUUAUCGGAAAAUCCAGAGAAACAUCAUCUGCUUACAAGAGACUGGCACAAACACAAUCCACAGAAGCCUCCAAAUCCUCAAUCUCACCUUGAACUUCAAUCUGCUGACUACAUAGAGACGCAAAGCGUGAAGAAACCUGUUCAGGCACUCAACCUGAAAAUAGCGGCAGCUGUGGUGAUCCAACGAUUCUGGCGAAGGAGAUGCAUAAUGAAGAGACGCGAGGGCCUCCCUGACUUAAUUGAAAAAACCAACACAAAAUUAAAGCUUCAUAAGGUGGACGAUAGCUGCAUCGAGAGACCUGAGAGGGAACGGGCUGCUGUUGUUAUUCAGGCUGCAUGGAGGGGCUUCUUUCUGCGGAAAAGGCUGGCCCGUGCUUUAGCUGCUGCUCAGAUCAUAGAGAGCGAUGAGGACUUUGAAGAGGUGGACAUGGACGAAUUCAUUUUUGAUGAGAAAGAGUUGGAGAAAGACUGGAUAACCCUGCAUUCCAAUGCUUUACCGUCCAGAAUGAUGCCAUUUUCGGAAGAGCUGCUUUUGCCAAAGCCUCCACUUCUUCAUCCGGUGCCACCAAAGACUCUACCUGUAUUUCCACAGCAACCAAAAAAUGCCUGGUCUGAUCGGGAAGAUGCAGCCUGCUUGGAGCAACAUGUUUCUCCUUCUGCUAACCUCAGCAGCAGAUCAGAGGAAUCAGAAAAAAUCCUUGAAGAAUGGGGCAUCACCAACGACACCACCGCCCUUCUCAUCCUGAAGAGAGCUAAUAAAAUGAAGGGCAGAAAACAACAGCAGAAGAGAUUAUUGGACCCAAAUCAACGUUUGGCCCUGUUCAGAAGCCACAGUAAGCAGUAUGUUUCAGCAGAAGCUCAACGACAAACACGUCCUACUUUUAAGGACAACUAUAAAGGUCGCCAAAGAGUAAAUGAAGUUCACAAAUCACCAAAAGCAGAGGACAAACAAACUUACAGGGAGAGAGGUUAUCAGUGGCUGGACUCCUCAGAUAUGGGACGGGAUCAUUUUCUCCCUGAUAUUGGCCCUGAUAUUCUUAAUGGUGGGAGGGUACAGCUUGUGGCCACUGGGGACAGAGAUGGUGUAGAUUCAGUCACAAGGUUUUGGACAGAGCCCACUAGUGUCUCUCCAACUUCUAAAACACAUACUCAGGCUCGGAGAUUCUCAGCUGAAAACAAAAAAAUAGAAGUGCCAUCACCCCCCAGAGUCAGUUCAGCCCCAAUCCGAAAUGAACGCAUCUCGUUUCGGGACAAUCCAGUGCAGCGCAGCGGAGGCUGGGGUGGAGGAAAGAAAAGGGCCAAAACUGAACAAGUAAAAAGAUAACCACAUCAUCUUGUGUUUGUUGCUCUGAGAUAAUAUUGAUUCAGUUUUUCCUUUUGUUUUCGCCCUUCGUGUGUAUUCAGAAUGUGAUAGAUGUCUUGUUGAUAUAAGCCUCUAACAAGACUUACAAUGCACAUUUGAUCUCUGCUGAAAUUCCAAGCAGCUGCUGUUUUUACUAAAAUCCAGCUUCCUCUCUUCUCAAAUGAAUUAGAAGCAAUGGAUGAGAUAUAGCCCAAAUAUCUGCAGGCGGUCACAGGAUACGUAUUGCUUUUAAGUAUCACUCCAUUUAAUGUGAGCAGAGCGAGCCACGCAAUGGGUGGAAACCAUUUACAAAUGACAUGCUUAAUAUGCAGACAAUGACAUGCAAUGGAAACCAGCCAGCUCUUGUUUUCAUUUACUUUUCCCCUUUUCAUUUU